UCGCGAGCCCUAUUAGAACCUGUGCACACGUCAUAUCCGGCGUGUUUGAUGUUUUUCUUUAACUUGUUUAUUUUUGUUUAAAUCUAAACACAACACUGAGCUGCACGGAGCUGCAUCCUACAUCCGACAAAGAAAGAAAGAAAGAAAAGAAAGAAAGAAAAACCAUGGAUUUCCGCGCUCCUCCCGACCAAUCUCAGUCAGCUCACGGCUCCUUCAUCUCCCAGUCUGAGUCUGCUGUUCCUGCACCAGAUCGGAAGCCGCUGACAAUCUACAUGUUGGAGUCAGCUGAUCUGGGCGAACAGAUCAGGAUGCUGUAUGAGUACAUUUUUCCCCUAGUGGAGAAAAUCCACCCGACUGGGGCCAAACGUAUAACCAGGUUGGUUAUUGAAGGAGAGAACAACUUCGACCUGGUCAACUUGAUUGCGGAGCCCAACCGUCUGCGUGCCCAUGUCAAUCAGAUUGCUGCUGUGCUUCAGGCGAGGGAAGCUGGCCAGGAUGUGCACUUUCCUGUACUCAAGAAGAAGAAGAAGAAAAGGAGGGGAAAGAACAGCCAAUUUUUUCAAUAAACUGUAUAUAUUGUAUUGUAUAUAUUUACAAAUGAACAUAAGAUUAUAAAUAUUUUAACAAUUUGUAUGUUUUUUUAAAUUUGUAAUGUAAAACUCUGAAUUAAAAUAUGAAUGACUAUUUAUUUAAUAAUAGUAAUAAUUAUUUAAGGGAUAAUUAAAUUUUUACAAUUUUUUCUGUAUAAUGUUAAUCUCCAAGUAAUGCAACAAAAUAAAAUAAAAUAUUUUUGUAA